AACCGGUACUUUGCGGGCCAUGUUUAUAAAGACUUUUUUGUUUAUUUUGGUCCGUACUAUUAUUACCUCCUUAAAUGUUUAACAAUCUUUUUUUAACACCCUGUAUAAAUGUUUUUGAUACUACAUUUUAGAAUUUUGUGUUGGAACCAUUAAGGGUUGUAUAACUCAAAUAUUACCCUCAAAACGCUGCAUUCUUUCAGGUUUAUUGACCUACCGAUUCCUUUGAAGCUAAUUGGGUACCUACCACAACUUUCGACACCAAAAUGUGGAAUUUUUUUCUAUUUUCAAAAAUUUUUUUCUACUUAUGUGUUAUCGUAACGAAAGGGAGCAAGUACAUAGAAAAUUUCAACGAUGUUACAGAAAUUUCUCAUUGGAGUGAACAAUCUGAUACUGUACAAGACGUAGGAAAAUCAAAAGGGAGCUUAGUCCUUCAAAAAACUGUAAAUUUCCAACGAGCAAUUUUAUUCACAUUGCUUAAUCCUCAACCGUGUGGGGCUGCUUUUGCAGGCGUCCAGAAACAAAUACCCCUUGAUUUAAGUGGUUUUAGGAGCAUUUCACUCAAAGUGAGAGGACAAGGGUCUUUCAAAGGCUACAAAUUUAUUCUCAAAGAAGCGAGAUAUAAUUAUUCAUUCUGUAAUUUCUUUGAAGCCCCUGACAAUUUUCAAGAAGAGAUACUUUCUCUACAAGACUUCAAACCGUAUUAUGAAGGAAAAUUGGUCAAUGACUCUGGGGUUUCUCUAGACUUGUCCAAAAUAACAUCAAUUGGGAUACAAGCAUAUGGGGGUGUUUAUCUGCCAAGGAAACAGUCAGGGGUUGGCAGUUUGGAAAUAGACUGGAUCAGAAAAAAUAAUUAAAAUGCUAUUUUUAAUUCAUUAAACUGUACACAAAAAUAAACGGAAUCAAGCAGGCAUGUGCUUACUUUUAACUGCUUUGAGGAUAGAAUCGCUCGAGUCUGAAAUUC